AUGGCGAAAUCGAUCAAAGCCAUUCAUCAUGCUCCCGUCAACCUGACCGAUGCAGUCGGCAAGUUUAUCUCGGAUGCAUUUUGUAUGAUUCUCUUUGGCAGCACAGAUGAGAGAGUUUUGGAUCUGGUAGCCCAAAUCGAAAAGCAAACACUGAACGUGAACACUGGAAACUUGUUCCCAGCGCUGGAUUUCCUGGAUCUCCACGGAGAUAUACUUGUCGCUGGAGUUGACACGAUCAAGUGGACAGCAGUCUGGGCCAUGGCCGAAGUUCUAAGAAAUUCCAGAGUGAUGGAAAACGCACAAGAAGAAUGGGAGCUCUUGGCGUUCCUCACCACAAUCCAUCCAAGGCAACACUCGCACAUCCCCAAGCACUGCACCGUUCUCAUCAACAUUUGGGCGAUCGGGCACGACCCACGGCACUGGGACGAGCCCGAGGUGUUUCGCCCGGAGGGUUUCCUGGGCGAUCAAGAGAAAUCCAACCAAGAACUCAUGAUGCCAUUCUCUGCCGGGAGGAGAACUUGUCCGGGCAUGCCAAUAGCCUCCCGCGUGGUUCCUUUUGUGGUUGCAAGCUUGCUCCAUGCGUUUGAUUGGAAGAGUGACGGCGAGAUCGAUUUGUCCGAGAAGUCGGGAACUCUCUCUUGUAUGCCUGUGUCGGACUCGGUGGCAUUCGCAUCCGCUAGGCUCGAAACGUCUGCCUAUGCCUGA